AUGGCUACGAUCACUCUCCGCAAGGGCAACACGCGACUCCCGCCGGAGGUAAACCGGGUUCUCUACGUGCGUAAUUUACCCUUCAACAUCACGAGCGAGGAGAUGUACGAUAUCUUCGGGAAGUACGGUGCGAUAAGGCAGAUCCGUAUCGGGACCAACAAGGACACUCGCGGCACCGCCUUCGUGGUAUACGAGGAUAUCUACGAUGCCAAGACUGCCGUCGACCACUUGUCGGGAUUCAACGUCGCGAAUAGAUACUUGAUUGUUUUGUACUAUCAGCAGGCCAAGAUGAGCAAGAAGUUUGACCAGAAAAAGAAAGAGGACGAAAUCACGAAGCUUCAGGAGAAGUAUGGGAUUGGUACUCCUGCAUCUAAAGAUAAGUAG